CUCGCCUCCUUGAUUCCGAAACCGGUCUCCCGCGUCAAUGGUUGGAGAUGAGCCUCCGUGAUGUGGAGCUACCCCGUGCUUGUCUCACCAAUCCAACCCAUGCCUCACAUUCAUCAAUCAUCCACUCAGCCAUCGUCUACAGUCACUAAAUCAUGACUCGCUCUCUUCAUGGUUCGGUUGUUCUCGUAACAGCCGGCACAUCUGGUCUCGGUCUCUGUGUGGCGGAGAAGUUGAUCCAAGCAGGCGCCUCAGUGGUCAUCAAUUACGCCAACAAUGAAGAACGAGGCCACGAUGCUUUCGUACACCUGAACGAACUAGCUUCGAAAUGUUUCUCGCCGGAUACUGGACCGCGAUGUUUGAAGAUAAAGGCUGAUGUGACCAACAAGGCAGGCAUUCAAGAGUUGGUCAACCAGACGGUACUUUCCAUGGGGAGGAUUGAUGCCGUGGUGUCAAAUGCUGGAUGGACCAGAUUUGCGAAUUUCCACGACAUUGACGAUAACGUUGAUGAGGAAGUUUGGGAUCGCUGCUAUGCGGCCAAUGUCAAGUCGCACAUGUUCCUCUGUCACGCAGUGAAGAAAUAUCUGGAAGAGGCUAAAGGUGCAUUUGUUAUGACUACUUCUGUCGCGGGAGUUAAGCCUAGCGGAAGUUCAAUCGCAUAUUCUGUUACCAAAGCUGCGCAAAUCCAUCUAGCAAAGACUUUGGCAACAGUUAUGGCGCCAUCAAUUCGUGUCAACUCUGUGUCCCCCAGCUUCAUGGAGACAAAUUGGAUUGCCAAUAUGCCGCAAUCAAAGAUCGACGAUGCACGAGAAAAGACUCUACUCAAGCAGAUCGCCAAAGUUGAGGACGUCGCGGAACAGAUUAUCUUGCUCAUCAAAUCGGAAUCCGUGACUGGAUCUAAUGUUGUCAUUGAUGCCGGGUUUUCUAUCUAGACUUGCGGAACGUAUGGAGUAAAAUGAGAUAUGAAAAUGAUCGGUUGGAAAGAUGGGGCGGAUCCGAGGAUGACGCUCGGCGAUUUCUCAAUUCGUGGAUUACUCCCGAUGCUUAAAUCCUACGCACCAAGCUUGGUUCAAUCUGCACAUACAGGGUAGUCUUCAAAUCCAACCUCAUUUAACCACAACCAAUUCUUUACCUCCGAUGCCAAAUUUCUGUAUAUUUACUUCAAUUGGGAAAUGCCUACAUAGGCUAACAUGGUCUGA